GUAAUUUGCUUUUUUAAAAAAAGUUGUAGGGUUUUCCACUUCUUAAUUUCACUUUCUUUUUCACUCUCCUCCUUCAAUUCGAAAAACUUUGAUUAAUCCCUAAUUACCAACUCCCUCUCCCUCUCUGAAUUCACUCAAUUUCAAUUACCAGGUUGUGUGUCCUUCUUUUGCUUCAAUAGAGAAUUAAAAUGCAAGUGCGGUUUCGAGUGAUUGCCAGGGUUUAGUUUUGAAAACGAAGGGUUUUUGAUAUGGAUGUUCAUGUGAUCGAUGGUGAAGAGGGGAUGGGUCAUCGUGGGGUGGCCUAUGAUGGAGAUUCAGAACCAAAUGAUAGUGGAGAAGCGAAUAACGGGGAGCAUGACGAGGAUGGGGCUGCUGAGCUGCAUGAGCCGUGUGUGGGCAUGGAAUUUGAUUCAGAGAAUGCUGCAAAGACUUUCUAUGAUGACUAUGCUAGAUGCCUAGGUUUUAGCACCAACGUUGCUCAUUUUACCCGUCCUAAAACUGAUGGGGCGAUGGCUGCUAGAGAGUUUGUAUGUGGCAGGGAGGGUUUGAAGAGAAGGUCUGCUUAUAGUUGUCAUGCUAUGCUUAGAAUAGAGUUGAAGAGUCCAGGAAAAUGGGUUGUGACGCACUUUGUAAAGGCGCAUAACCAUUCAACUACUAGUCUCAGGAAAGUGAAAUACCUUCGGCCCCGCAGGCAUUUUGCUGGUGCUGCAAAGAGUGUUGCUGAAACUGGGCAUGGAGUGGGAGUUUCUCCAAGUGGUGCUGGCCAACCAGCAGCAGUUGUUACUAGUGGUGUUGGCCAAGGAGUGGGAGUUGUUCCAAGUGGUGUAAUGUAUCUGUCAAUGGAUGGAAACCAUGCACCUGUAGCAGAGACAAACCAUGGAGUUAGGAAUACUCCUCCUGCCGAACCAAAUCGUGUUAUUAAGACUUCUACAACAGUGAAUUAUAUUGUUAGGCCCAAUAACCAAAAGAGGACUCUAGGAAGGGAUGCUCAGAAUCUGCUGGAGUAUUUCAAGAAAAUGCAGGCUGAGAAUCCUGGUUUCUUUUAUGCAAUUCAACUUGACGAUGAAAAUCGCAUGGCUAAUGUUUUUUGGGCCGAUGCAAGGUCAAGAUCUGCUUACACUCAUUUUGGUGAUGCAGUUACAUUUGACACAAAUUCUCGAGUAAAUCAAUAUAGGGUGCCAUUUGCCCCAUUUACAGGUUUGAACCAUCACGGUCAAACAAUUUUAUUUGGCUGUGCAAUACUUCUUGAUGAUUCUGAAGCUUCUUUUGUUUGGUUGUUCAAGACAUUUCUAACAGCAAUGUAUGAUCAACAGCCUGCUUCUAUAAUCACCAACCGAGACAGGGCCAUACAGACAGCAGUUUCUCAGGUGUUUCCUGAUGCCCGACACUGUUAUUGUAAAUGGCAUGUUUUAAGAGAAGGCCAAGAAAAAUUGGCUCAUGUAUGUAAUGCACAUCCAAAUUUUCAAUUGGAACUGUAUAAUUGUAUCAACUUGACUGAAACUAUUGAGGAGUUUGAAUCAUCAUGGAGGGAUAUUCUUGACAAAUAUGAUCUGAGAGGACAUGACUGGCUUCAAUCGUUAUAUGAUGCUCGUGCUCAAUGGGUUCCAGUGUACUUUCGGGAUUCUUUUUUUGCUGUAAUGUGUCCAAAUCAAGGAUUUGAUGGUACUUUCUUUGAUGGUUAUGUGAACCAACAGACCACAUUGCCAAUGUUCUUUAGACAGUAUGAAAGAGCAUUAGAUAAUUGGUUCGAAAGAGAGUUAGAAGCAGAUUUUGAUACAAUUUGCACCACACCAGUUUUGAGGACGCCAUCUCCUAUGGAGAAACAAGCAGCAAAUCUUUAUACGAGAAAAAUAUUUGCAAAAUUUCAAGAAGAGUUGGUUGAAACUUUUGUAUAUACUGCUAACAGGAUGGGGGGUGAUCCUGCUAUCAGCACAUUCAGGGUUGCAAAAUUUGAGGAUGACCAAAGGGCCUAUAUUGUUUCCUUAAACUGUCCGGAAAUGAGAGCAAACUGCAGCUGCCAAAUGUUUGAGUAUUCAGGCAUUCUUUGUAGACAUGUUUUGACAGUCUUCACAGUGACAAAUGUUCUGACAUUGCCACCUCAUUACAUCUUAAAACGAUGGACGAGAAAUGCCAAAAUCAGUACAGGAAUGGAUGACCACGGGGGUGAUUUGCCUGGCCAAGAGUCUCUUACUUUGCGAUACAACAAUCUAUGUCGAGAAGCAAUAAAAUAUGCAGAGGAAGGGGCAAUAGCUGCAGAGACUUAUAAUGUUGCAAUGGUUGCUCUUAGAGAAGGUGGAAAGAGGGUCGCUGUUGUGAAGAAAAAUGUGGCCAAAGUUUCACCUCCUGGGACUGGUAAUGAUGAUAGGAAGACAUCAACUUCAGCAUCAGAUACUACUCCAUUGUUAUGGCCACCGCAAGAUGAAGUUACCCAACGAUUUAAUCUGAAUGAUACUAGCACUCCAGUUCAAUCUGUUGCUGAUUUGAAUCUUCCCCGUAUGGCCCCUGUGUCCCUUCAGCGUGAUGAUGGUCCUCCUGGUAACAUGGCAGUUCUUCCUUGUCUCAAAUCAAUGACUUGGGUGAUGGAGAACAGGAGUUCAACAACAGGGAAUAGAGUUGCUGUCAUCAACCUGAAGUUGCAAGAUUAUGGCAAGACUCCAUCAACAGAAUUGGAGGUUAAGUUUCAACUCUCAAGAGUUACAUUGGAGCCAAUGUUGAGGUCUAUGGCAUACAUCAGUGAACAGCUCUCAACACCAGCUAACAGAGUUGCAGUUAUCAAUCUGAAGCUUCAAGACACUGAAACAACUACGGGAGAGUCAGAGGUUAAAUUUCAGGUUUCCAGAGAUACAUUAGGUGCCAUGUUGAGAUCAAUGGCCUACAUUCGCGAGCAGCUUUCAAAUUCUGGUUCAAAUUCCAGAAAUGGUGCAUAACGAAGAAAGAAUAAUUCCUUUUCAAUAACGAUGAACUUGCGCUAGAACACAGAUUGGGCUUUCUCUCUCUCUCUUUUCAGGAAGUACCAAUCAAACAUUAGAUUCCAAGUUUAAUUUAAACACCCCCAGUGUCAUAGUUCUUGAUAUUCCCUAAUGAACAGAGGAGAGAACCAAAUUAUUCCAUUCAUAUUUUACCAAGAUGUACUACUUUCAAGGAUGUGGAAUGAAGGCGGAGCCUUAAGGUGAAGUCUGUAUUGAUAGACGCCCUGCGGGUCAUCCAAAUUGUAACAGGGAAACUAAUGCUGUCAGCCCCGAUUUCUUGAUCAAUACUAGGGCUCUCUAAACCUAACAUUAAUGAUAUGACUUUUAACUUGACACUGAGAAUUGUAUUAAACUAUAGUUGAAAAAAAUUGAUUGUAUAGAACUAGUUUGUGGCAAGCAUCUGCCCCAAGAUUGAAAGUUCUCUACCUAACUCAAAUUAAAUCUGAAAGAUUGAGAAUAAGCUAACCUGCGGUGACACCUGAUCAUUAGAGGAGAUCUCUCAAGUUACGAGCAGCCCUUUUUUCCCCUAAAAGUGAAAGCCUGUGAUUUAGACUCUUCAAGCUCCAGAUCCGUCAGAGAAGCAAGAAGAAUCUAUUUUCUUCUCUUUCUAUCCAUUUUUCACACAAACCAUCUGUUUAACAUUGUUGCUUCGUCUCCUUGUUUCUCGAUACGUGUCAUUAAUAAGCAAUUGAAAUUUCUAUUUCUACACGUUCUCCUCACACAUGCUCAAUGGCCAAAUAUGGUAGAUACCUUUUAUAACACAGCAUAAUAAUGGUAUUGACAGGUUUGCAUUUAUUCAAUGUAGAGCAUUGUUAUUAUCGCUACUUUUUAAAAAAGUUUAUAUGGUAAGGAGCCAUGACUUCAUUGCACCAAGUGCUUAUAUUGAAUACUUAAAAUCAUUUUGAACAUAUUAUCAAUUCUCAUUAUCUAUGAGGAUAUCAUCAGGGCCUCAUGCUUCCAGUGCCUUUAGGGGUGCUUUUCGACAAGAUUGGGCUGCUUUAGUUUUUUUUUUUGGGUUUGCUAGUCUGCUGUAGUAUCCUCAUUUUGUUGUUGUAGAUCUACUCUUUUCAUUAUCAAGGUUUUCUUUAUCAAAGGAGGAAAAAAACUUAUCUUUAACCAAAGCUUGAAAACCAGUCGGUUUAGAGGGUAAAGUAAAUGCUUCUUGAUUA